AAGCGAACCGCACUAAAAAAGAAAAAAAGAAAAAAAAAUUGGUCCGGACCAAAUAAGUGAACUAACGGACCUUCCUGGUGUGAAUACGCCCUAAAACAUGAAGAGUGCUGGAGCUGUGCUGCUGUUGCUGUGGUCUGGUGCGGUUGUGGCUGCAGCAGAGCGUGGAGGCCUCCAUCACCAGGCCACAGGUGUAGCUGCAGCCUCCACCCAGCAGAGUGACCUGACGGAGGUCCGCGCCGUGCAGAGACAGAUGAUCGCUCAGAUGGCAGAGCAGAGAGAGGAGCUCCGGCUGGCCAAAGCCCAACUGGAGAAACAAGUAGAGGAACUGAAGAAUGGAGCACUCAAGCCCCUUCCGUACCGUUUCCAAGUGGCCUUCUCCACCUCCUUCUCUGUGAAGACUGACAAACACAUUGGACCCUUCAAGAUAGACAGAACCCUGAUAUUUGACUGUAUCUUCACCAACGUCGGCAAUGCCUACGCGAAAGGCCAGUUCAUUGCUCCAUUCAAUGGCGUCUACCAGUUCAACUACCACAUCUUUGCCGGAGGUGACAACGGAGCCGGAGCUAAGCUCAUCAAGAACGAGGAUCAGAUUGUGGCCGCCUACAACCACAAGGCCCCUCACGACAUCAACACGUCCCAGAGCGUGAUUCUGAUUCUGAAGAAGGGCGACAUAGUGACCCUGCGUCUGGAGGCCGGCUGGUGGGUCGCGGCCUACACCGGACAUCUCACCACCUUCAGCGGACAUCUGCUCUUCCUCACCUCAGAACCAUAAAGUCUAAAAAAAAAA